UCUUCUUCGCCUCCCUCACUCCUCCUUCCGUACCAGAAUUUACUCUGCCGCCAAGCAAUCCACAUCCGCCCUCCGGUCUCGCGAGCCAACGGAUCCAACGCCCGCUGGAACGCCGUCUCGAUCGCCCGCGAAGCUCUCCGGGAUCCGCCUCACGCUCAACGCCCGUUUGGUUGCUGGUCCCCUGUCUCGUUUCUUGAAUCUUGUCCGCGCGCGUGCUAGUCUCCAGGAUCUCGUUUCUUGAAUCGAUUUGACUUACGGUUUCUUGUCGAUUUCUGGUCGAUUUCCGGGUGGAAUUGAAUCGCUCUGUUUGCCCUAAUCCUGUUUUUAACAAUACGAUUGCUGUUUCUUGCCGUUCUUGAUGAUGCUGACCGACAUGUCGUCACCAGAGAGGAGCAGCGGGCGAUGUUCACCACCGUGGCCGCCGCUCCAGGAGGCCGGCUCGAGCCCCUACAUGCCGUCGCUCUGCUCGCCGUCCGGCAGCCCUGCCGUCAAGCGCUAUGGCGACAGGUUCAUCCCCAACAGGUCCGCGAUGGACAUGGACAUGGCGCACUACCUUCUGACGGAGCCGAGGAAGGACAAGGAGAACGCGGCGAUGGCGUCGCCGGCCAAGGAGGCGUAUCGGAGACUGCUACCCGAGAAGCUGCUCAACAACCGCACCAGGAUCCUCGCAUUCCAGAACAGGCUGCCCGAGCCUGCGAACAGCUUCCUCGCAGAGCUGCAUGCUGAUGUGGCUUCCAUCCAGGACAAACCGGUGAAGCCGCGUCGAUACAUCCCUCAGGAUAUGGACGGCAAGAUUGUGAACAAUGAUAUGAGGAUCAGGAACCAUGCUGUGCAGACUUACAAUGGGCACGAGCGGGAGGUGUGUGGACUUAAGUGGUCAGAAUCAGGCCAGAAGCUGGCCAGCGGUGGGAAUGACAACCUCCUCCACAUAUGGGAUGUGUCUAUGGCAUCAUCUGCACAGUCUACAGGUCGCACCCAAUGGUUACACAGGCUUGACGACCACUUGGCUGCUGUGAAGGCGCUUGCAUGGUGCCCAUUCCAGAGCAACCUGCUGGCAUCCGGCGCUGGCGUAAAUGACCGAUGCAUCAAGUUUUGGAACACACAAACUGGCGCAUGCCUUAACUCUGUCGACACUGGGUCACAAGUGUGUGCACUGCUCUGGAACAAGAAUGACAGAGAGCUGUUGAGCUCGCAUGGAUUCAUGCAGUAUCAGCUCACCCUAUGGAAGUAUCCGUCGAUGGUUAAGAUGGCUGAACUCAAUGGCCAUACUUACCCUGUCCUCUACAUGGCCCAGAGCCCUGAUGGUUGCACAGUGGCAUCUGCUGCGACAGAUGAGGAACUGCGGAUCUGGAACGUUUUCGGGACUUCUGAUGCUCCAAAGGCUACAGUCUACAGGGGAACAAUUAAUAGUUACAAUCACAUCCGCUAGAGAGAAGUCCAUAUCAUAACUCUGAACUACCACCAAAGUCUAAUAUCCAAACCCCAAACUUCAAAACCGUCCACUUUAGUAUGCUGGUAAAUUAUAUUAGUUGCUACUUUUACAUUGAUCCAGAUGAACGUCAAGACCAGUUUGAUGUAUUAUACAUAUAGAUGUCGGUGAUAUAUAGUAUUUUUUUGUAAUGAAUUGUGCAGGCAUGUGCCGUCCGAGAGUAUUCAAACUGUUGCCUCUCAAACUAUCUUGUGAUUUUCCUAUUGACUCUGGUUUUGCUGUUGACAUAUGAGAGGCCUGGAGGCGCUUCUCUUUUGGUUGCCUUCUUUAUGCAAGUUCAAGCCAUCAUGAUCUGUGACCACUAUUUGAUUAUGUUAUUCUUUACAGGAAAUACAACUUGCUUCUGCAAUGGAACUUGGAUAUUUCCACCAGAAAUCUAGCUCAGCAAAAUUGGAGCAGAGCUUUACCUUCAGGUUAGAUGUUUUCAGCUUCAAAUGUUGGAGGAUCUGAUCUGAUCAAGAACUCUGGCUGAACUGCCUCGAAGAAGUAUGGAUCUUGGGCUUUGUAGGAACUGAGCAUGAAAUCGCUCUUUUGAAACGGUUAUUCAGUUGGGCAACAGUUCUAAAAAGGAUGAUGGUAACAGUCCAUGGCUCCAUCACUGAGAGCAAGGGCAAAGAGCUACGCCAGUUGUUACUAAGCUUGUCCAAAUAUAUAUGCAUGUUAGCAUGCAACGGUCCAUCUUGACAAAGGUUUUAUACUGUAUGUUCUAAGACAAGGCAC